AUGCUUGCACUUGUCGGAUGGCGAAAGCAAUCAAUUCACAUUGCUUUUAGAUGCAGCAUUUCCUGCAGCGACUGCUUUACAAGGACCAAACCCUUCACAGAGGAGCAGAGGCAGCAAAUAUUUCGGCAAGUUGGCCUCCACACAGCCAAAAGGGUCCAAGUACCACAUCGGCCUAAGGCCUUGUUGAUCUUUGGCCCACCAGCUGUUGGAAAGUCCACAAUUAGCUUGGAGGUCGCCAAAAGCAUUUUCGACAAUGCAGGAAAUGUGGUGAUUGUGGAUGGAAACGAUGUUAGAGACGCGCAUGAGGGCUUCAGCCAGGUGGCCCAGCACGGCUUGACGCACAACCUGCUUCACACCGAUGCCUGGGACAUCCUCAAGGGGACGAAGCAUGUGGAGAACCUGAAGAAGGAAAUCAUGAACUUGGCAGUUCAGAACCGACAAGACGUGAUCAUUCCGGAGUGUGCACUGAACCCGGAGCGGGUCCACCAAAUGCUCAGGCAGAUGGAGAAUGCUGAUUACGAGAUGCACGCCAUUUGCCUGUGGGCUCCUUUGGAUUCAGUGCAGCAACGGGGCAGCCAGCGAUCAUUGAAGGCUGGAAAAGCAUAUGCGCCGAAAUUUCACACGCCAAGCUGUUCAGGUUCCCUGGAAUUCGGGCGACAUUUCGACCUGAAGAUCCAGGAGAGCAAUCGUCACUAUGGUAGUCUCAUUUGCUACGACAACACAGUGAAACCUAGUCACCCUGUUCACUUGGCAGAGUUCGAGUACCUGAUCAAGAUGGGCCCGGAGGAAACCAAGGAACACAUAAGAAACUGUAUGUUCGCAAGAGCUGCGUACAAGACUGAACACGGUGGAUCUAGAGCUUCUUCAGACACUGCAUCGACCCCUCUUUUGGUGCCGUCAAACACCAGCCACUCUGCAAAAGGUGAUCGGCUGCCUCUGUCCGGCUGCCUUCGCAGUAUGUUGGAGAAGGCAGCAGUUCGCCGGGGACGACCAAGUCUCCUUUGCGGGCUCUUUUUAGUGGAUUUGCCAGGACUCAACCGUCGUAUUUGGCAAGUCUUUAUCAGCUCUCUCUGGCCAAAGUCUACGCAGUCUACGCCCAACCUGAUGCUUUCUCAGAUUUUCGGGCUCUUUGACUCUUUGCAGAAUCGAGCAACAACUGAGCUGGAGAGUAGGGUCACUGCUCAAGUAGGCCCGUUGUUUCAACGCCCCGGUUUCGGGACAGAUGUUGUGCUCCGCUCAGCCAGGGAUACGGUGGCAGUUCGCAUUACCGCAGCGGAAGAGAGGCUGAGGGCGUUGCGGAGAAGAAACGAAGAGCUGGCUUCGAAUGUGAGACUUUUGGAGGAGGCGCUGUCCUCCUGCAGACGUCGUUCUGCUCAGUGUCUACCUGGAAGUCAACUCUUUCGUGGCUGUGGUCCUACACAAGAACCUCGAACUUUUCCGUGUGAAGAGAUCGAGGCAUGGCGUGCACUUGCGCUUCGCAUACCAGCAACGCGCAAGAAUCGAGCAGGGCAGGCGUAUUUCGAGGAAAGCGGGCAGCGAAGGUCCGAAAAUGGACAUGCAGCUGAAGAGUCCCAGUUGGGGUCAGCUGCACUUGAAAGUUCCGCAGAAGGCCGCGAAGCCCUGUAUGAUGUGUCCAAUGCUUCGAGACAGGACAAGGACCGGCCCUGGGAAGUU